AUGAAAACGCUGCAGGCAGCAGCUGCGUGGCGUGGCAUGAGACCAUGCGCCGUCCAGGUGGGAGGGGUCGGGGCUGCGCCACACAGCGGCGACCCGACGAAUUCGGAAUCGCACACAGCUGAGCAGACAGAUGAAUGCAGUGAUCACGGCAUGGUUUUGCGCUGCGCUGUUGCGCAGACGCUCUCGUCACAGUGGCGGUCUCUCCGCCACCGCGGAGGAGAACCCACGGGCCCAGCUGCCAGCCACUGCGAGGAAGCAACUUGGAUUGUGAGGCACCGUUCAGAAGAACCCACACAAGCAGGGAUGUGGAGGAAGCAGGGUAGGCGCCAGACGGCGCAUGUGUGA